AUGAAUACACAUGGCAAAAGAAAGAAAAAGGGUGAGAAAGAGAGAGAGAGAGAGAGAGCGCGUGAAGAUCGGGGGAUAGGGUUUGGUGUGACGUUGGCAAUUUUUCUUUUGCUUCUAACUUGUAUGAAUUUCCUGAAUCUAUUUGAAGCUUAUUCUUAUUCUGUUUCCAAAGAAGCAUAUUAUUGAAAUUAUUAUCAGCGAUUGGAAUUGGGAGUGAGAGAUGCCGGAGGAAGAAGUAGUUGAGCUCAAGUUCCGUCUCUACGAUGGAUCCGAUAUGGGACCCUUCCGCUACUCCCCUUCUUCCACCGUAUCCAUGCUCAAGGACCGGAUUUUUGCAGAGUGGCCCAAAGACAAGAAAAUUAUACCAAAGUCAGCAAAUGAUAUAAAACUGAUAAGUGCUGGCAGAAUUCUGGAGAACAACAGAACGGUUGGCCAGUGUAGAGUACCUUUAGGCGAGCUUCCCAAAGGGGUUAUUAUAACCAUGCAUGUUGUGGUGCAGCCACCUUUGCUUAAAGCAAAAACAGAGAAAAAAGUUGAUGAGCUGCCCAGAAAACAUAUAUGUGCAUGUUCGAUUUUGUGAGAAGCCAUCAUCAUCAUCAUAACAGUGAAGAGUUAAGCUUCUGAUAUUGCAUUAGUUGCUUGGUGGGAUAUCCAAAGGACAUGGAUAUGCAUAGCUGGGAAGUCAAUAAUAUGUAUAACAGUCCCAACCCCAUCAUAGUUGAGUGUUGUUGGAGGGCGUUCCUGUGUAGCAAUGCUUGUGAGUGAUGAUUUUCUCAUGUUCUAUAACAUAGAUGUUUGGUAUAUCAACUAGGAGCAGUCUAUAUCAUAAUAUCAAAUGAGUUAAAUACAUUUUGAGUAUGUAAAAUUUCAAAUUUAUUAAAUACAUCCUCCAGAAAUAUUUUGCAUUA